AGCGCUCGUUAUUAGCAGGCCAGACCCGAGGGACGGCCGCUGGAAAGGUGACAUUCAGCUGUCUGCUCACCGCGGCUCCUCCGACCCAAAACUAGUUGUGAAAACGGAGUGGUGGCACAAAUAUAAGCAUGUCUUCUCUCAGGAGGACGGCGGGUGUGCUGCGAACAGGCCUGCAGCUCUUCAGACGCGCGGCUCCGCAGAUGAGCGUCAGAAAGGCAGGAGGAGGCCCUCAUAUUGAACCCCAAUACAGACAACCUCCUCAGCUCACCAAGAACCAGAAGUUUCAGGCAGAGCUGCUCAGCGGCGCCAUGUGGUUCUGGAUCCUGUGGCAUUUCUGGCACGACCCCGACGCCGUACUGGGUCAUUUCCCCUGGCCGGACACUUCAGCAUGGACGGAUGAGGAGCUGGGAAUCCCACCUGAUGACGAAGAGUAGAUUCGCCCUCGACAACCCAAUUUGCAGAUGUGCACCAGAUCGCCAAACCUGCGCAUUUUCUGUAGAGGAAACUGAAAGUUCCUGUUAUGUAUAUGGACUUAUUAUCAAGUCUAAUUGUAAAAGUUGCAUUAUAAAGUAUAAAUAAAAGCCACCAACGCA